AUGAAGACAUACUUUGCACUCUUCGUCUUGUCGUUCUUCUACCCCCACUGUCUCGCUGCCUCAGUUGACAUGUGGUCUUCACCCCUCAAGGAGCGAACUACACUCAAGUACGAAGCCAUCGAGCCUGAAGUUGUUAAGGCUCGCAUUGGCACUACACCUGGCGAUAACAGUGAGGGGGGCCGGGAGUCUGGCAUGGUGUACUUCUGCCGUGAGGAGAACUGGGGAGCUCCAUGUUUCGCCUACCGUCCUGAACUUGAAUAUACAUGCAACGAGCUAGGCCCUGAGCUUAAAGGACACAUCGGAUCUGUUUUCGUUGAUCCUGGCAUGAUCUGCCGUCUAGCUGGAUUCAACAAUGAUCGAUGUGCCCCGAUCAAAAUAUUUGCCUGGCCCGAGACCCAGCACGGCUGGCCUGACCUAUUUCACCAGAAUGCCCCAGGAGGAGCUAUCAAGCUCGGAGCUGCAACAACACACUUCACAUGCGCUGAGUGUACCAAUUGCGUUGAGAAAUCUGGAUAA